GGCAGAACAUUCAACUGGUUUGGAGAACUGGUCAGGUUUUGUUGGGUAGAUACAGGUCUACUUUAUUUAGUUUCAGCUUAUGGUCUACAGUACAGUAUAAUGAAUACUAUUCAGUAGGACACAUCAUGGAAAACUGUACUUCCUACACACAAGAAGAAGAUACUACAGUAUUUCAGUUUGUUCUAUUCAACUAUAAGAGGAAGAUAUGAUGGAAGCCCGCUAAAAAUAUCAGGAGGGAUGCGCUGUUGCGGAGCCCUCGCUGUUGCCGUCCGCCAGAGAAGCAGCCAUGGCUGUCUGCCUUUGGACGGAGGGGUCGUUGCCGUCUGCCAAGAAGGGAAGGAGCACUUCCGUCCACAUGGGUCGGAGGGCUUGCUUGCGUCCACUGAGAGAGGGGCAAGAUUUCCACCGCCAGAGUGUGGAGGAGUGGUUGAGGACCGGGAGACAGCGUGUUCGGGGACCGGCGAGCAAGUUUCUCUCUCUCUCUCUCUCUCUCUCUCUUUCUGUUUCUCACGCUCUCCCUUUCCCUCUCUCCACACCUACCCUCAACUCUCCCCCAUGUUCCCAGGAGGCGGGGUGGACCACCAACUGAAAGAACGGCUGGGAGGACAGCAUCUAAAAUACUUGAGACUUCCACGCCUCCGCCCUCUAAGUUGCUCCCUCAUGAACCCUGUCCAGCGUCCGAAGUCCAGGACCCUGUCCCUGCCUUGUGGCUACCUCCCAGGCAUCCUGACCCUGCUCCCUCCUGGAUCCACCACCCAAACCGCCCUUCCUGGAGCCACUUCUCUGGCCACUGGCUCCGCCCUGGUCUCCUGCUCCACGCCCUGUCUCGCCAGGAAAAUGCUCCCAUUAUCCACGCCCUGUCUUGCCAGGCCAUGCUCCCAUGAUCCAUGCCCUGUCUCACCCUCUGAGCUGCUCCCUCAUGAACCCUGUCCAGCGUCCGAAGUCCAGGACCCUGUCCCUGCCCUGUGGUCGCCUCCCAGGCCUCCUGACCCUGUCCCUGCCCUGUGGCCACCUCCUAGCCCUCCUGACCCUGUUCCUGCCUUGUGGCUACUUCCCAGUCAUCCUGACUCUGCUCCCUCCUGGAUCCACCACCCAAACCGCCAGACCCCGCUCCCUUCCUGGAGCCACUUCUCUGGCCACUGGCUCCGCCCUGCUCCCAUGAUCCACGCCCUGUCUCGCCAGGCCAUGAUCCACGCCCUGUCUCGCCAUUCCAUGCCUCAAGGACCCCACCACCAAGCUCCCUAUUGAUCUCUAUAGGUAGUUUUGUUUAUGUUUGGUCAUUGGUAGCCACCCCUUGUUGGGGGGAUAUGUCACAUUUAAAUGUGAUUUUGUACAUGCUUUGUGUUUAUGUCUUUUAUUUUGAAAGUUUAUUUCCUGUUCCCGUUUUAUGGCAUUUGGUUUCCUGAUCAUGUAAUAUCCUGUUUCCCUCCAUGUUCUUGUGUCUUUUUUUCAUUGAUUUAUUGUCUUGUUACUCCGUUAUCAGUCUUGUUGUGUCAUUGGUUCAUGUUUUAGUAAUCUAGAGUCUUGUUGUGUCAUUGGUUCAUGUUUUAGUAAUCUAGAUAUCUUGUUAUUUGUUCAAUUUUCCAAUUGGAUGUCAUUUUACCCAUGUCCAUGUAUUUAAGCCCUCAUUUUUGCCAUUGUCUUUUGUCAAGUAUUGUGUUGGUGUAAUGUUGUCAAGUGAAGUCAAGUCUAGUCAUUUAUUUUUGUUUUGUUAUGGAUUCAAGUUUUUGUAA